GCGGCGCAUCCCUGUCCUGCUGCACUGACCGUGAGUGCCGCUGCACACGGCUCUGAAUAAUUCAGCGCCGAUCCAGCGGUCGCCGGUGGAGACAGCCAUGUCCUGUUUACCGAUCACCGUAGAAAUUGAGCGCGCCUUCGAUUGCCGUGAGAGCGGCCGCGUGUGUCGGGGGCAGGUGCGCGGGUCAGGGGACAGGGGACGACCCGCUCAGGUGGGGGGCGAUGGCCGUGGGCUGAGCACGGACAGAGCCGGGGAUCGCCAUCAUGCGGCGGGUGCUGCCGCUGCUGCUGCCGCUGCUGCUGCUCUCCGGCCAGACCGUGACCUUUGUAAAUGGCGAGGUUACUACGGACGGCACUACCGUCGUUACGGACCCCGACGGUGGUCGUACGACGUACAACUCUACGGGGAACGACACGAUCACCACAUCGGCGACGAGUGAGACGGACGGAUGGACUCAGUCGGGGCUCGAUGUCGAGAACACCACCACCACGGCUGUGGACCUGAACGCUACAACAACCACAGCUGAAACCUCGACCAGCCCGACCCCGUCCACGACCACCCGUCGAACGACCCGGACCACGACGACCACCACAACGACCACCACCACGCCGCCGCCUCCCAACUGGAACCUGCUGCCGGUGGAGCGGUGUCUGUGCCGCCUGGACCGCUCCCUGAGCUGGGCCCGGGAGCAGCUGAUCGCCGAGAUCCUCCUCGCUGAGGAAGCUGCCAGAGCUGCCGCCACCACCACACUGUCUCCGAACGAAACGCAGACUGUUACUGGUGACCCAUUGGUCGCAAACAAUACUGAUGUUUUGGAGACAGCUAACGACAACAGCACAGCUGUGACUGAUCUGGGUUUGAGUGACGAGUCUGACAAUGUGACAUCAGUUACAUUGGGAGGAAACGCUGGAGGAAACACCGAUGCCGCUGAUGCGACCACCGAAAUAUCAACCGACGGUCAGCUAUCCACGACAACCGAGACGGUGCCGGAUGAAUUGCGGCGAAGGAAGCGAGAGGUGGAGACUACCACAGGCAUCUCGAGCACCACUGAAGCAAGCGGUGAAGCAACUUUCACCGAACUAUGCCUCAACGGGACAUGUCAGAAUAUCACAAACAUCACAGAGGAUAGCACCGUUUCACUCAACUCCACCGAGGCAGACAUCAGCAACACUACCACAGCCCAGACGACAGUCACCGAGACUUCAACGACGUCGACUACCACAACGACAACGACGACGACCCGGGUGACGACCACGACGCCGGCGGAGCGUCAGUUCCCCCCGGGAGUGAUGGCCAGUGGCCAUCCACGACGGCGGCGGCUCUCCCUCUGCCACUGCCCCGAGAAAGUGGCGGGAGUCUGGGGCUCCAUUCGAAUUCUCAACAUGCACUGGAGAACAGUGCUGCUCUAUCCAGAGGAGGUAGCCUACCAAGAGGCCACCAAAUAUAUUCAUGAACAGCUGGACCGUAUCUUCCGCCAAACGCUGGGCUCGUGGUACUCAACCUCAGAGGUGCUAAACAUGGAGGAGGGCAGCGUCAUCGCCCACCACAAGGUCUACCUCACCAGGGAGGUGGAGAACAUGACCGAGCUGGUCCAAGCCUCCUUCGAGGCCGGCUACGAGUCGGGAGUCUCCGACAUCCGAGUGGACAACUCGACCAGCUACUACAUUCCUCCUGGGCCAGUCCCAAAGCCUGCCAUAUGGUACCUGCGAUAUCUGGCGCUGGCCAUCGGAAUAGUGAUCAUGAUCGCCAUCAUGUAUGACAUUGCGUGGCGGACCAACACGUGCGCUCUACGGUCCCCAUACGGCUACCUCGAGGAGCCCGACGGCAAGCAGCACGUCACCCUCCGAGAGCGGCUCCGAGUCGCGGCCGACAAGACCAGGGAGGCCGCGGGCAGGACGCUCGUCGCCACCAGGGACGUGGCGGUGAAGACGGGGAGGACCAUAUCGAACCCGGAGACGUUCCGCAAGAUCGGCACCCUGGUGACGACGAACGUGGUCUGGGUGAAGACGGUCGGCGCGCUGAAGAAGAGCCCGCCGGAGGACCGGCAGCCGACGCUGGACCCGGAGCAAGGUCUGGAGCAGCAGGCCGAGCAGCUGGAGCAGCAGCUGGACGAGCCCGGACAAACGGACGGAGCUGAUGUUCAAGAGCCAGGUGAGGGCGAGUCUCCGGCAGAGGGUGAGGGAGAGGGAGAGGCGACGGAUAAGGACGAGGGCGAGGCGCCGGCAGACGCCUCUGAGGAGGCGACGCCCAGCGACGAAUCAGAUGGAGGCUCCCCUGAGGCAGAGGAGGGCGCUCCCAAGGAGGAGGAACAGGAACCAGCGGAGAGCACCGAGAAUGAGCAGCCCUCUGAAGACGCGCCAACAGAGCCUGCGCAGCAAGAGGCCGAUAGCUAAACUGACCAGCAGGCCAUUCAAACCGUCAGUGGGGACGGACAAGUUAUAAGAAACAUCCGUCUUCAGCGUGGCCUCAGGCCUGAUGCUAUAGUAUGAUAACUACAUUGCGCGGUUACAGUUGUUGGGUAAAGGAAAAUCCUGUUAUUGCCUUGCUUCGCAAGCUAAUGUUAAUCGGUUCACGCUUAGAGACACGCUACGUGUAAGAUCAUACAAUGAGCGUGCUCUGUAACUAGCGACACUGGUCGUUUUGCAUUAAUGUUUAAUAACGGACAAUGUUGACUUUUUAUUAAGUUUGCCGACAAUUUUUUCCGAUAAGCACUACCGCCUGGGCUUAUUCACUUCAGAAUAACUUUCAGAUGCAAUUGAGCUUUUUUCUUCUUCAAUUGAUUAGAGGGAUGGCUUUUCGAACAACCUUCCUCCCCACCACCGGCGUAGAAAUCCAGAAACUCCAGCGAAAUGCGGCUUCAUUCGUUCAUUCAUUCACAAAAUUUAGGUCCAAGGACUACUGAGCAUGCUGUCUAGGUGUUACGAAGUAUUUCAUGUUUUAUUAGAAAACAUUUCAGCAUUAUCAUAGGUAUUGUAUUAUCAAGCCGAAAUAGUCUUAUGGCAGAUAAUAAGCAUGAAAUGGCAUAUGCCUUUUGAUCAUGACGGAUGACAUGCCUUCGUUGAUUUCGAAGAGCAAUACAAAUGAAAAA